AUGGCCGAGUUUGUGCGUGCGCAGAUCUUUGGCACCACGUUUGAGAUCACUUCAAGAUACUCAGACCUCCAGCCUGUGGGCAUGGGAGCGUUUGGUCUUGUUUGCUCUGCGCGGGACCAGCUCACCAACCAAAAUGUUGCUGUCAAGAAGAUUAUGAAGCCCUUCAGCACGCCUGUGCUCGCUAAGCGGACGUAUCGAGAACUGAAGCUGCUCAAGCAUCUCCGACACGAAAAUGUUAUCUCUCUCAGCGACAUCUUCAUCUCUCCCCUUGAGGAUAUCUACUUCGUCACAGAGCUUCUCGGAACCGACUUGCACCGAUUAUUAACAUCACGGCCGCUCGAGAAACAAUUCAUUCAAUACUUCCUCUAUCAGAUUAUGCGAGGCCUGAAAUAUGUCCACUCCGCCGGUGUCGUCCAUCGUGAUCUCAAGCCUAGCAACAUCCUCGUCAACGAAAACUGCGAUCUCAAAAUUUGCGACUUUGGUCUGGCCCGAAUCCAGGACCCGCAGAUGACGGGUUACGUAUCAACACGAUACUACCGCGCCCCCGAGAUCAUGCUCACAUGGCAAAAGUACGAUGUCGAGGUCGAUAUCUGGAGUGCUGGAUGCAUCUUUGCCGAGAUGCUGGAGGGCAAGCCUCUGUUCCCGGGCAAGGACCACGUGAACCAGUUCUCCAUCAUCACUGAACUGCUUGGCACGCCUCCGGACGAUGUUAUCAACACUAUUGCUAGCGAGAAUACGUUGCGCUUCGUCAAGUCGCUGCCAAAGCGUGAGAGACAGCCUCUUCGGAAUAAGUUUAAGAAUGCAGAUGAUUCAGCUAUCGAUCUCUUGGAGCGAAUGCUCGUUUUCGACCCUAAGAAGCGAAUAACCGCUACUGAAGCUCUGGCCCACGACUACCUUGCCCCAUACCACGACCCUACCGAUGAGCCUGUUGCUGAAGAGAAGUUUGACUGGAGUUUCAACGAUGCUGAUCUCCCCGUUGAUACUUGGAAAAUCAUGAUGUACUCUGAAAUUCUUGACUACCACAACGUCGAGGGUGUCCCCCAAAUGGAAGACCAACAGUUCCCCCCACAAUAG